AUGAAACUCUUCACCACUUUCUCCCUCAACCUCGCGGUAAUGGCAUCCUACGUCUUAGCCGAAGGGAUCGAAUGUGCCUCCUGUUUCCAUGGUGUCAGCUCCGACUGCAGAGGCGCAUUCAACAAGAUGCCUACCACGGGAAGUCUAUCCGGAAACGUCAACACCUUCUGGAGCUCUGGCUCGCGCCAUGUCUACUGGAUGCCUAGAGGCGAAUCGGCUGAUGCCGCUGGCGUUCAUGGAUUUGCUCAAUCCCUCAUCAAAAAAUGUUGCCAGAAUGAUGCAGGAUGCGCUGGUGUUAUCUCUGAGACCUGA